GCAAGGCAGAAGAAGAUAUUUGAAGUAUUAGUAACAAUGGCAGUGCCAGGAAUCAAAUUGGGUAGUGAGGGAUUUGAAGUUUCAGCACAGGGAUUGGGUUGUAUGGGAAUGUCUGCAUUCUAUGGCCCUCCCAAGUCUGAAGAUGAAAUGAUCUCUCUCAUUCACCAUGCUGUCUCCAAGGGCAUUACUUUCCUAGAUACUUCAGAUUUUUAUGGCCCUCACACUAACGAAAUACUCCUUGGAAAAGCAUUAAAAGGAAUAAGAGACAAAGUGCAGGUGGCCACUAAGUUUGGAGCAACCUUUGAAAGUGGGACAAUAGAGGCUCGUGGAGAUCCUGCAUAUGUUCAUGCAUGCUGUGAAGGGAGUCUGAAGAGGCUUGAUGUGGAUUGCAUUGAUCUUUAUUACCAACAUCGCAUAGAUACCAGAGUCCCCAUAGAAGUUACUAUUGGAGAAAUGAAGAAAUUGGUUGAAGAAGGGAAAGUAAAAUAUAUUGGAUUUUCCGAGGCUUCUCCAUCAACAAUUCGAAGAGCACAUGCUAUUCAUCCUAUUACAGCAGUUCAAGUGGAGUGGUCUUUAUGGACUAGAGAUGUUGAGGAAGAAAUUGUUCCAACAUGCAGGGAGCUUGGUAUUGGAAUUGUUCCAUAUAGCCCCUUAGGACGUGGUUUCCUAUCUUCUGGAGCAAAGAUAAUUGAAAGCUCUGGAGAUAAAGAUUAUAGAAAGAAUAUGCCAAGGUUUCAAGGAGAGACCCUUGAAAGGAAUAAGGCUAUAUUCGAGAAGUUAUUGGCAAUUUCUUCUAGCAAACAAUCCACCCCAGGGCAACUUGCACUAGCUUGGGUUCAACAUCAGGGAAAUGAUGUUGCACCAAUUCCUGGGACAACUAAAGUCACAAACUUGGAAGAGAACAUUGGUUCUUUUUCAGUGAAGCUUACACCAAUGGAAAUGAAAGAAAUAGAAGGUAUAGUAUCUAAUGGUAUCUACAGAGAUAGAUAUGGUAUUGAUGACAUGAAUAUUUCAUAGAUGAAGACAAAAACACCUCCUCUAUCUUCAUGGAAAGGGAUAUAACUAGCUUUGAAAUGUACUAUCCUUUUAUGACCAGUUUUUAUGCAACCUAAAUAAGUGGAUUCCACUUUUAAUUUUUAAUCAAAGAAAUAUUAUCAAUAAAAGAAAAAGUGUUUUAUAAUA